AUGAACCUCGUAGCGGGGUAUGGGAGCAGCGACGAUGCCAACUCGUCUGACGGAGGCGGUGGAAGUGGGCCGGCAUCGAAAGCAGCAAGACCAAAGGCCACCUUCCGCGCACCACGAGUGAACGCCGCCCCGAACGUCCUCGUCUCCGGGGCCAUGGCGCAGGCGACGGACUCGCUGAUGUCGUCUCCGCUCGGGAGGCUGGGGCUCAAGCCUUCCAGCAAGACCGGGGGGCAGAUCAUGAUCCACAACCCGAAGGCGGAGCACUUCCUCGCUCCCGUCCAGGGCCCGGCGCACCCGCACCGGAGAGAUCUCCCGGUCCCGGCGGGAGGCCGGGCAACGGGCACGGGCGGCGUAAUCGAGCAGGCCUCUCUCGAGGAGUGGUCGUUCCACGAGCAGUACCACACCUUCCACCAGUUCGGCUACGCGGUGGACUCCCGGGGGGACACUGUCGGCAACCUGUCUGAGCACUCCAAGCGCCAGGGGGACACGGUGCUCUCUGCGGAAGUGGGGGGGCUUCGACGCAACAAGCGAAAGAAACAGGCGGGGGCGGGGGCGGCGGGGGCGGCGGCGGUCGGCGGGGAGGGCAAGGGGGAGGAGAGAGGAGGAGAUCUUGGCGAUUCGGACAACGACGGGGUGUGGGCGCCCGAGGUGCCCCGGGAGAAGACGGACUUCGAGGCGGGCACGAUGACCGCGGAGCAGACGAAGUUUCGGGAGGCGUGGGAGGCGGAGCAGGCCAAGAAGCACCGCGAGUACAACAUGGAGGAGGACCACGACCGGAGGGACGAGCGGAAGAUCUCGCACCUGCUCCCGCCGCGGCACAACCGCGACACCGAGUCCAAGACGGCGCGGUCCACGUUCCACGGGAAGGCGCAGCACGACUACCAGGGCCGCUCCUGGAUGGCGCCGCCGGCGGGCGCGAGGAGCGUGGAGGACGAGGGGGAAGACGUCCACAAGUGCUUCACGCCCAAGAAGUGCAUCCACCGGUACACGGGGCACACGAAGGGCGUGCAGGCCAUCUCCUUCUUCCCGGGCUACGGCCACCUCCUGCUGUCGGCGAGCAUGGACGGGUCGGUCAAGAUCUGGGACGUGAACGGCGGCCGGGGCCAGCGGAGGACGUACCAGGGGCACUCGGCGGCGGUCCGCGACAUCCAGUUCUCGAACGACGGCAAGCAGUUCCUCAGCGCCGGGUACGACCGGUUCAUUCGGCAGUGGGACACCGAGACCGGCCAGUGCAUCGCCACCUUCACCAACCGGAAGAUGCCCUACUGCGCCAAGUAUUACCCUGUGGACAACAACAUGUUCCUCUGCGGGUGCUCGGACAACAGGGUGGUGCAGUACGACGCCCGCAACGGGUCGGAGAUCGUGCAGGAGUACAACCACCACCUCGGGCCGGUCAACACGGUGCUCUUUGUGGACGACAACCAGCGCUUUGUCAGCACGUCCGAUGACAAGAAGGUGCUGAUAUGGGAGUACAACAUCCCCGUGCCCAUCAAGUACAUCGCGGAGCCGGACAUGCAUUCCAUGCCGGCGACGACGCUCCACCCGACGGGGGGCUUCUUCGUGGGGCAGUCUCUCGACAACAAGAUCGUCACGUGGACCGCCCGCGACAAGUUCCGGCAGAUGAAGAAGAAGGAGUUCAAGGGGCACGUGAACGCCGGCUACGCCUGCCGCAUGGCGUUCAGCCCGAACGGGAAGUUCCUGGCGUCGGGAGACGGGCAGGGGAAGAUGUACAUCUGGGACUGGGGGAGCACCAAGGUCUACCGCAAGCUGCAGUGCCACGACGACGGUCCUUGCAUAGACGUUGCGUGGCACCCGCUGGAGCCGAGCUGGGUGGCCACGGCGGGGUGGGACGGAGUCAUCAAGCUUUGGGAUUAGAGUUGCUGGCGACCGGGUUGCUGGUGGUAGGCCGCGGCGGGAUGGAACCGAGUCAUCAGGCUCUGGGAUUUGAGUUGCUGGCGACCGGGCUGCUGGUGGAAGCGCCGCUGCUGACUCGAUCGCUGCAACU